AUACAUUGAGUUUUCCCCAAUUUUAUUUGGAUUCUCCAAACCAGGAGAGCCCACUAACCUCAAUGUACGUCUCUCUCCCACAUUGCCGCACCUUCGUUCUUACCCUUCUCUGAUCUCGUCGAAUAUAGAAAGGAGAAAAUUCAAAUGGCUAUGCAUUUUGAUCGGUGGGAGAAGGAUCCAUUCUUCUCUGCUGCUGAAGAAGUUCAAGAAUCAGCUGAUAGGAUGGAGUCUUCGUAUAGAACAUGGAUACAUGCUGUAAAGGACACUUCUUAUAGGUGGAAUUUAGAAGAGCUUCAGAGGGAUUUACGCGCAGCUCUUGGCACAGCCAAAUGGCAGCUAGAGGAGUUUGAGCGAGCUGUGAAAGCUAGUUACAAGAAACAUUCUGCCGAUGAAGCCAUAGAUAGGCACCAUCAGUUCAUUCUUGCAAUGGAGGAGAAAGUUUCUGUAGUUGAGAAUAUGUGGCAGGAAAUUUCAACUUCUGAUAGCAAGACACAGACUCAAUGGGUGCGCCUUGAUGAAGGAGAACGAGAUGAGUUUGCUUUGUUCCUCGCUGGGCCUACCGUCUCCAAUGAAAAAUUGGACAUUAGAGUUGUUCGUGAUGGUGAUGAACUGGCUAAUCCUUAUAGGAGUGCAAAGCCUGAAAAUAGUACGUUGAAAAACAAGUCUUAUGCUUCAGGGUUGCACCUAAUAGAAGGUAAAUAUGUAAAAUCACCUGGGCAUCGAAGAACUGCUAGUGCUAGUGCUGACAUAAGCUCAUGGGAUAUAUCUGUCUAUGAUGAUGAAAAUAAACGCGAUUCUACCAAGACAUGGGCUGAGCCACGUCCUCGUAGAGUCCCAAGUUACUCGGGCUUAAUAAGUGCUGCUAUGGAGUCUACCCCCAAAUUAAUUUUGCCCAAGAAUUGUUUUAGGAAAUGGAAGGCUGGAGAACAACUGCAGGAUGAUGACAUUGCGUUAUUGAGGCCUCAACAACCAAGUCAGGGAAUGAGUGCAUGUUGUGAAAAAAGUAAAAGUUGCCUGAACACUGGUGAUGAUUGCUGUAACAAGCAACUAUAUGGUUGGUAUGGUGCUGCUCAGAGAAUGUGGCAGAGGUCUCAGUAUCAAGUGCAAUAUAGUCGCCCUGUGCAGCUUACCUUCUGGACUGCUCUUCUACUUCUGUCCAUUGUGUUGUUUGUAUUGCGUGCAAUAUAGGGAGAAGAGCACAGCCAUAUUUAUCAAUUGUAGCAGUUAUAUCAUUCGCGAAAACAUUUGUAAAGUUUGACAUGCUAGGGGCCACGGCAAGAUUUCAUGUUAAAGUUACCUUCUAAAUUUCUCGUCUGCUAGUUUUUAAUCAUUUAGCAGGAGGAGAUUUUUAUACUUCCAAGAUGGCAACCUGGUAAAGGGUGGAUAUUGCUGGUUUACGUUGUGUACGUAUUGGCUAGUGAAAA